GCGCCCUGAUCGGGCAACGCUUGACCGGCGCGGCGACGUCUAUACAAGGCCGGCACCGAUCGCGGCGGCACGUGCAAGUCAAACGUUGUCAAACCGAGGAGAUGCCGAUCCGCGGUGCCUGGGGUUCCUCGUCGGCCGCGUGCCCCUUGGCGGCGGGCUGCCUGCUGCUCACGCUGCUCCUGCUGCAGCAGCCCCACGCUGUGGAGCCGGCCAAGCGACUGGACUGCCGGGCCUUCUGCCGCCUCACGGGCUUCCGCUUCAAUGCGGGCCUCUGCAAGUGCGGCUACAUGCUCUUCGCCAGCAAGCGCUCGCAGCAGCCCACUCUGACUGCGGGCUACCUAAGCGGAGACCAGGAUCCCAGCGAAGGUGGCGGAUACCGGAAUAUACCACCAGCCGAGCGGUUCCAGUUGGAAGUCGCGGUUCCCUCACCCCUGGUGCGGCACUCAUCUGGCAGCAGUCCGGCUGUAUACGGAAGCCACCCUGGGUCACAGUCCACCGACUCAGCCGACCCUGCGCACGCGACGGCGGCUAGGGCUGCGGCCGCGGCGCUCCUGGGACACAAGCCCGACGCCGGUCCUGACGCCGAUGACUCCUACUACCGCUGAUUGUGGCUCGGGAAUGGCAAGGAAAACGGAUCGGAGGCCUCGACCGUCGAGGACCUGUAUCGAAGGGCGAGCCCCAUGCGCUAAACUGCACCGAAAACUAGCAUGCGAGAAACUUGGAUUGAGAAGGACCACAUUGGGCAGUGGAUGAACCCCUUCCAAGUAUCCCAUCUGGCAGUGAUAGCAUUGUCCUCCAGUGCUCAAACGUGCCCUCAAGCCAACUUGUUGACUCCGAAUGUCAUUUGUGAAAUAAAACCCAAGUACAAUAA